GAUCAUUAUAUUGAACUAAUUUCUUUUCUUUUUAAAUUAAAAUAACUGGAAAACAAUAAAGCGAAAAAGAAAGAAUUUCUUCGUUUUAAAGUAUUUCAUGGAAGAUGUCUCUCUAUCUUUGUCAUUCGCACAAAUGCUCUUAAUCCCCUUCAUAAUCACUUAAAAGGUUAUCGUUUUCGUAUAGUAAUUUUUUAAAUAGUAAGAAAAUUCGCAUUAAGUGCUAAUUAAAUAAAGGGAAAUUUUGUGGGUGCAAAUUUUGUACAUAGGGUUUUUUCUUUUUAUCAUAAAUAGUUGGAUUUUUUCGUGAAUUGCGUCGUAAAUAUUGAGGAUUUACUUAAAAAAAUGGAUCUCUUAGCAUUUAUUGGACUCAUCAGUAUCUUUAUUGUUCUCCUACAUUUGAUUUAUCCCUGGUUUUCGGAUUGUAAUAUGCAACUUGCUUUUUUAGAAAAAUUUGGAAAACCUAUAAGUUCGUUAAAGGGUAAAGUUGUGUGGAUAACUGGUGCCUCCAGUGGAAUUGGAGAACACUUGGCGUACGUAUUAGCAAAAGCUGGAUGUAAAUUAAUAUUGUCUGCCAGGAGGGAGUUGCUGUUGCAAAAUGUUAAGAAAGCUUGUUUGGAAGGAAAUGCUCAUUUGAAAGAUGAUGAUGUGUUAGUUCUUCCAUUAGAUAUUUCUAAUAUUAACUUACAUCAGGAAGCAUUUGAUACGGUUAUUAACAAAUUCGGCAAGCUUGACAUACUGGUAAAUAAUGCUGGGCGAAGUCAAAGGGCAAAAUGGGAAAACAUUAAUAUCGAUGUAGAUAGAGAGGUCUUCGAGUUGAAUGUAUUUUCGCAUUUAUCAUUAUCUCGAAUAGCCAUUAAAUAUUUCUUACAAAAUAAUCUCGGCCAGAUUGCAGUUGUAUCUAGUAUAUGUGGAUUAUUUCCAGCUCCUUACUCAUCAAGUUAUACUGGUAGCAAGCAUGCUUUGCAUGGUUACUUUAAUUCCUUUAGAGUAGAACAAAUAGGACAGAAUUUUCCUUCUAUAACUAUGAUAUGUCCUGGGCCGGUUCAAACAAACUUUUUGCAGGAAGCUUUUACAGAGAAACCAAGACAGAAAUUUGGAAUAGAAACAGAUAAGGCUGAUAAUAAAAUUAGUGCCAGUCGUUGUGCUACAUUAUCAGCAAUAGCGAUUGCAAAUGAAGUUUCCGAAGCAUGGAUUUCACAUUCAUCUGUAUUAUUCUUAACAUAUCUAUUAAAAUAUUAUCCAAAUAUAACCUCAUGGAUUGUAUUCAAGUUUGUGGGCAAACGAUUCUUAAUGAAGCUACGAGAUGCUAAAAAUUCGAAUAAAAUUGAAUGAAAAUUUCCAUUGGAAAAUUGCGUAUCUCUGCAUAUCUCUGCAAUAUGCAAGAAAGUUGUUAACGUGGGAUAACGUGGGAUGAUAUCGACAAUAAUAAUUUUAUAUAUGUAUAUUUAAAUACUGAAUACUACAUUGAGUGAUUGAUAAAUUAAAAAUAAUA